UUUUUUAUUUAUCUAUCGUAAAAAAAAAUCCAUCAUUAUUCCUCCUGAUAGCCGUUGUCCUUGUUCCCGGUUGUUGUACAACACUCUCAAAACCCUAAUUUCAUCUCUAAACCCUAAUUUCCAAUUCAAUCUUCAAUCUCCGUUACUUCUGGUGACUUUAUCGGAGCUAUUCGAGUGAUAUAUUGACCGAAAAAGAUUUGAGUUUAUCGUGAGAAAUUGAAUCGAAUCGAUCACAUGUCCGUCAAUCAAUCAAGAAGUGAGAACAACGAGCCGCCACACUACAGAAGAUCCGGUCGAUAUGGUAACCCUGCUUCCGGUAAAAGCUUCAAGAAAGUGGUUAGUAAUGCACAAGGAGUACAGGGUAGGGUAACUGUUUCGAAUCCUAAGCCGAAUGGUGCACAUGUUCAGCAGCCAUUAAGAGCUAUUGCAGGGGCACCUGGUGAUUCACCUACUGGUGCUGUUGUAAAGCCGACUGAUGCAUCAGUCCAGAAAAGCACUGCGGGACUGCCAAAGGCUCCACAGAGUAAUGUGGCUCCUCUUAACUCUGGCACCACAGGUCCUUCUACCCCUCUUAAGGGCCCAGCUGAUGCAUCUAAGGCAUUUUCUCUUCAAUUUGGGUCUAUUAGCCCCGGUGUUAUAAAUGGACUUCAGUUACCUGCUCGAACCAGUUCUGCCCCUCCAAAUUUGGAUGAGCAGAAACUCCAGGCUUCUCUUGAUUCUUUUAAGGCUAUAUCAUUUCAAAAUUCAGUUGUUCCAAAGCAACACUCACCAAGGAAAGAUUCUGGGACUAUCGAUCAGCCCCGUGAGGCCCAUCCAAUCUCAAAAGAGAAAAAAGACACACCUUCAUCACUUCUUGGGCCCGUUGCAGCCCAUGAUCAGAAAUAUACCGGUUCCUUUAUAACUUCUAUCCCUCCAGGUGUUUCCAUGCAAACGCCAUAUCACCAACCUCAAGCACAUCUUCAAUUUGGUGGCCCAAAUCCGCCACUGCAAGUGCCGCCACAAGUAUUUUUCCCGGGAAUUCAACAUCAUCAGGGCAUCGCUCAUCAAAGUCAAGGUUUGACUUUCUCGUCUCAGAUGGGUCCCAUGAACCUUUAUACUAAUUCUUACAAUGCUGGUGCUCUUCUCCCCCCGCCAUCUGGUUUUAAGCCAUUGACUAUUGCACAGAUGACUCCUGGUUCUCAGCCUUUACGGUUUCAUAAUCAGCAAGCUUCUAAACAGGUGACAGUAAAACAACCAGUGAUUAGUUCACAUGCAGAAAAGGCUGUUGACUCGAUAGACAAAAGCCAGAUAUCAAAUAAAAGUAAAAGACAAGGUCAACCUCUUAAAGAUUCAGAGACAAUUGGUGUGCAGUCAUCCUCUGUAGGAGUUCAAGAAACAUCGAAGCCGUCAACGUUUUCUGUGCGAAUCAGCAAGGACAUGUCAGAAACUAGCAACAGAGUUGAAGGGCUUUCAAAAGGUUUUGCUGACCUGUCUGCAUCCAAAUGUGAUAAUGAUGAAAAAAGCCUUAACCCUACCCAAGUUAAUGGUAACACCAUUAAAGUGGAUGUGGAAGUGCCAAUAGCUAAAUUUGGGGGAUCAAAAGAACAAGUUCAAGAAGUUAAACGGAAUCAAGAUAACACUGUUCUGGAUUUAAAUGUUGCACCACUGAAAAAACAUGUAGAUAAUAUCGAUGGUAACGCAAUAUUAAGUAAGGUCAAAGGGCAUACAACAGCUAAAGGGAAGAAGAAAAUAAAAGAAAUCUUGAAAAAUGCUGAUGCUCGUGGAACAACUUCCGAUCUCUAUAACGCUUAUAAACGUCCUGAAGAAAAGAUGGAAACUUCUGCUGCUGCUGAAAUUGUUGAAAACCCAAACCCAUCCGUUAAUUCUACUUCUGGAACAAGCUCCGUUUUGUCUUCUGAUCGUGCUGCACCCUCCAAAUUUGAGCCUGAUGAUUGGGAGGAUGCUGCGGACAUCUCUACUCUUAAAAUUGACACAGGUUCGAAAUCGAAACAUCACAGUGAGGAUGAUGAUGAUGGAAUGACUAAAAAGUAUUCCAGAGACUUUCUACUGACAUUUUCUGAUCACUGUACUGAUCUUCCAGAAGGUUUUAAGAUUACACAUGAUAUAACUGAAGUGUUGGUAGUAACGGGUGUCAACAUGGCUCGUGAACCGUACCCUAACCCGGUUAGAGGCGGUGGUGACAGGUCAGUGAUGGGAUCACGGCUAGACCGUCGGCCAAGUAACAUUGGUCUUGAUGACAAAUGGAAUAAGGGGUCAGGAGGACCCAUGGGUCCAGGGUGGGACCCAUCAAGAGGGAGUCAUGGUGUGUUGAGGACCCCACACGGUCAGCCACCUGGUCAAUAUGCUGGUGGCAUUCUGUCCGGACCAAUGCAGUUCCCUGGUCCACAGUUGCAACGUAAUAACUCUGAGUCAGAGAGGUGGCAACGGGCUACUGGUUAUCAAAAGGGCUUGAUGCCAUCUCCUCACACCCCGAUGAUGCAUAAAGCCGAAAGGAAGUAUGAAGUUGGUAAAGUAACAGAUGAGGAACAAGCAAAACAAAGACGAUUGAAAAGUAUUCUAAAUAAGUUGACCCCACAAAACUUUGAGAAACUGUUCGAUCAAGUCAAACAAGUCAAUAUUGACAACGCGAAUACUCUGUCUGGUGUGAUUGGUCAGAUAUUUGAUAAGGCUUUAAUGGAGCCGACGUUUGUUGAAAUGUAUGCCAAUUUUUGUUCUCACUUAUCCGUAGAAUUGCCUGGUUUUGUUGACGAUAACGAGAAGAUUACUUUCAAGAGAUUAUUAUUGAAUAAAUGUCAAGAGGAAUUUGAAAGAGGAGAAAGAGAAGAAGAAGAAGCGAAUAGAACUGAAGAAGAAGGCGAGAUUAAGCAGACGGAAGAAGAACGAGAAGAAAAACGAGUGAAGGCACGUAGACGUAUGUUGGGUAAUAUAAGAUUUAUUGGUGAGUUAUACAAAAAAAGAAUGUUAACAGAAAGAAUCAUGCAUGAAUGCAUAAAGAAACUGUUAGGUUUUAAUCAGAAGAAUCCUAACCCUGAUGAGGAAGAUAUCGAGGCGUUGUGCAAAUUAAUGAGUACAAUCGGGGAGAUGAUUGAUCACCCACAAGCUAAAGAACACAUGGAUGCUUAUUUUGUUAUGAUGUUUCAGCUAUCAAAUAACAUGGCGCUUUCUUCUAGAGUCAGGUUCAUGUUAAAAGACGCAAUUGACCUUAGAAAGAACAAAUGGCAGCAAAGAAGGAAGGUUGAAGGUCCAAAAAAGAUCGAAGAGGUGCACCGAGAUGCUGCUCAAGAACGCCAGGCCCAAUCUAGCAGACUGGCCCGUGGGCCUAGUUCUAACCCCUCACUUAGGAGAGGGGGUCAACCCAUGGACUUUGGACCAAGAGGGUCAGCAGGUGCUUUAUCUUCCAACCCUCAAAUGGGUGGUGGUUUUCGUGGUUAUGGCAGUCAAGAUUCAAGAUUUGACUCUUUUGAGAAUAGGACUUUAUCGGUUCUGUUGAGACCCAUGGGCGAUGAGGCUAUAACCCUCGGGCCACAAGGUGGUCUAGCCAGAGGGAUGUCUGUUAGGGGUCAACCAACUAAUGGUUAUGGUGGUUCCAUGAUACGAGGGGGUCAUGGUCCAUCACGUGAUGAUCUAGCUUCAAGAUACAUGCCUGAAAGGUUCUCACCUCGACCAACUUAUGACCCACACAAUAUACAACACAACAACGUGAACCAUGGGAACCAAGACACCAGGAAUAUAGGGCGUGGUGUGUUUGACCGAGUUUUACCACCUGAACGGGCUCGUGCGUCUACUUCCCCACAAAGUGAUUCUUCAGAUAAAAUCUUGUCAGAAGAUCGCUUGCAUGGUAUGUCCAUUGAGGCCAUUAAAGAAUUUUACAGUGCGAGAGAUGAAAAGGAGGUUGCUUUGUGCAUCAAAGAUCUGAAUGCACCAGGGUUUCAUCCAACAAUGAUAUCCAUUUGGGUGACUGAUUCUUUUGAGAGGAAAGAUAUGGAUCGUGAUUUACUUGCUAAACUUCUCAUCAGUCUUACAAAAUCUCAAGGAAUCCUUACUCGGGAGUCCCUUAUUAGAGGAUUGGAAUCUGUUAUGUCAACACUGGAGGAUGCAGUGAACGACGCACCAAAAGCAGCAGAAUUUCUUGGGCGCAUGCUUGCACAAAUACUUUUAGAAAACGUGAUCCCGUAUAAAGAAGUUUGGCGUUUGAUACAUGAAGGCGGUGAAGAGCAAGGGCGGCUGGUGGAACUAGGUCUUGCAGCCGAGGUUGUUGGAGUCAUUCUUGAGAUCAUUAAAUCAGAAAAAGGUGACCCCUUUUUGAUCGGAAUGCGUGCAGCUUCUAAUCUUCGCGUAGAGGUUUUUCGUUCAUCCAAAACAUCAAGAUUAGAUAAGUUUAUUUAGACUAGAUCAUAAAAUAUAGGUGGGUCGUUGGUUUUUAUGUUUAGAAUGAUAAAUUGGUUUGGAUAGCAGUAGUUGGUAUAUAUCAUCAUUAUCAACCGGAAAAUAUUGAACUGUGUAAUCCUUUUCUGGGCUCUGAUGAGCAUCUACAUUUUUACUUGCUGAUCUUUGCUUGAUGUGAGUUAAUCGUUACCGUUGACAUUA